UCUGCUUCCCUCUCGACGCCGGUGGCUCGCUCGCAGUCGCAGCUCACCAGCCGCCGCCCAGGUCGCCGCCGCGCCGCCGCUCGCUCGUAGCUCCGCACGUGCGUCGCUGCGCCACCGGCCGGCCACCGUCGUUGCGGUGGGGGAGAGGGAGGGAGGCGGAGAGACAGGAAGCGGCGGCGGCGGCGGCGGCGGCGAUGAGGAUCGAGGAGGUGCAGUCGACGACGAAGAAGCAGAGGAUCGCGACGCACACCCACAUAAAGGGCCUCGGCCUCGACGCGAAUGGGGCGGCGAUAGGGUUGGCGGCGGGGUUCGUGGGGCAGGGGGCGGCGAGGGAGGCUGCCGGGCUGGUGGUCGACAUGAUUCGCCAGAAGAAGAUGGCCGGGCGCGCGCUGCUUCUCGCCGGCCCGCCCGCCACCGGCAAGACGGCUCUCGCUCUCGGCAUCUCCCAGGAGCUCGGUAGUAAGGUCCCUUUCUGUCCUAUGGUAGGAUCAGAAGUGUAUUCCUCAGAGGUCAAGAAAACUGAGGUGCUAAUGGAGAAUUUCCGUAGAGCUAUAGGUUUGCGUAUAAAAGAAAAUAAAGAGGUCUACGAAGGAGAGGUUACUGAACUUUCCCCAGAAGAGGCUGAGAGUACAACAGGUGGAUAUGGAAAAAGCAUUAGCCAUGUAAUCAUAGGUCUGAAGACUGUAAAAGGGACUAAGCAACUGAAGCUAGAUCCUACAAUUUAUGAUGCUUUAAUAAAGGAAAAGGUGUCAGUGGGUGAUGUUAUAUACAUUGAAGCUAAUAGUGGUGCGGUCAAAAGAGUUGGUAGAUGUGAUGCUUUUGCUACAGAAUACGAUCUUGAAGCUGAGGAGUAUGUUCCAAUCCCCAAAGGGGAGGUCCAUAAGAAGAAGGAAAUAGUGCAGGAUGUUACGCUUCAUGACCUUGAUGCUGCAAAUGCUCAACCACAAGGAGGCCAAGAUAUUUUGUCCCUUAUGGGACAGAUGAUGAAGCCACGGAAAACUGAAAUCACUGAGAAGCUACGACAAGAAAUCAAUAAGGUGGUUAACAGAUAUAUUGAUGAAGGAAUUGCUGAGCUUGUACCUGGUGUUCUGUUCAUUGACGAGGUCCACAUGUUAGACAUUGAAUGCUUCUCUUAUCUUAAUCGUGCUUUGGAGAGCCCAUUAUCACCAAUUGUGAUACUUGCUACGAACAGAGGAAUAUGUAACGUAAGAGGAACUGAUAUGACAAGUCCACAUGGUAUACCAGUUGAUCUUCUAGACAGAUUGGUGAUUAUUCGAACAGAAACAUAUGGUCCCACUGAGAUGAUCCAGAUACUUGCUAUUAGAGCGCAGGUGGAAGAGAUUGACAUUGAUGAAGAAAGUCUCGCAUUUUUAGGAGAGAUUGGACAACAGACAUCUUUGAGGCAUGCUAUUCAGUUGCUAUCACCCGCCAGUGUAGUUGCAAAGGCUAAUGGGAGAGAGAAGAUCAGCAAGGCCGAUCUUGAGGAAGUCAGUGCUCUGUAUUUGGACGCUAAAUCAUCGGCUCGUCUCCUUCAGGAGCAGCAAGGAAGAUACAUUACUUAAAUUUCUCUUGCAGUAUGACGAUAAACUCGAGAAUUUGUCCCUAUUCAUGCUGUACACAGGUGCGAAGACUCUUUCAGGAGCACACUUGAUUGAUUUUUGCAGAAAUGUAGAAACUGAACAAUGUACCCCUGCACUGUAGGCAGCCUCUAGAGAAUAGCAGCAUUUUCGAAGUAUUGCUUGUUCAAACUACUGUUUGCUGAGUAGAUCUCCUAUGGAAUUAUCGUGUUUCUUAAUUGUCCAUGCUAACCAGUAGUUUGAUACUGUUUUAUCUAAUGAGCAUUUUCAUGUCGGUUCUUGAUCA